AUGUUGCGCGUGCCCAGCUUGCUCCGAGGCCUAACUGCUGCACCGCUACGGCGCGGCACCUUUCUCAAACGCUCUUCACUGGAUUGGGACGAAUUGGACGAUUUGGAGGACGACUGGGCGCUGGAUGACGAAGGAGACAUAGCGUCUGCAGGUCGCCGCAAGGUGGAGGAACAUGUUAAGCAGAAGGUAAGUGUGCGACGUGCAAAGCACUCGAAGCGCCGCUUCGUGGACCGUAUCCGCGUCAAGGCCACGGGCGGCCACGGUGGCAACGGCUGCGCCAGCUUCUUCUCCGAGUCGGCCAUGCGCAAACGCCCUAAUGGUGGGCAUGGAGGCGCAGGAGGUGACGUGGUGAUCGAAGCCAGUGAUAAGAUGCAGAACCUGGCAAGCGCCACGCACCACUUCAAGGGCGGAGCAGGCACCAACGGCAUGCCAAACGAUUCCGCGGGUAGGAGAGGGAAGCAUUGUCAUGUUAAGGUGCCUUGUGGCACCCUCGUCAAGCGUGUGGAGCGCUACGAACGCGAGCUCGAGGACGGCGAGUACGAGAUCGUAGACAGAAUGGAAGUUGUGGCUGACUUGGACACGCCAGGUGCUGCGUUCCUCGCUGCUAAAGGUGGCAAACCUGGUCUGGGCAACCGUAUCCUGGCCGGUAAGACGACCAAGUUCGGACGGCUGCGCAAGCACAUGCCUGAGAGCAAAACUACAGGCUCACCUGGUACAUCGCAGUACUACGAACUGGAACUCAAGACAAUUGCCGAUGUGGGUCUUGUGGGAUACCCGAACGCUGGCAAGUCUACCUUGCUGAGUGUGUUGAGCCGCGCCACACCAGAGAUCGCACCAUACCCGUUCACGACACUUCACCCGUACGUGGGCAUUGUGGAGUUCCCGGACACGUUCCGGCUGAGUAUGGCCGACAUUCCCGGACUUAUUGACGGUGCACACCGCAAUGUCGGUCUUGGUCAUGACUUCUUGCGUCACAUCGAGCGCACAAAGAUCUUGAUGUAUGUACUUGAUACAGCAGGCUCAGAAGGACGUGAUCCCUUGGAAGACUUCACCCACCUUCAAAGAGAACUGGAGCUGUAUGCUCCAGGAAUCUCGUCACGACCUUCCCUCAUCGUUGCAAACAAGAUGGAUGAGCAAGGCGCCGAAGACAACUUUCACAAGCUGCGCAAAUCCACCGAUCUGGCAGUGCUUCCCGUCAGCGCACUCCACAAGGUCGACAUUGAUACGAUAGCACGCACGCUCCGAUGGAUGAUCGAGAGCUAUAGCAAGCUUACCAAGUCUUCAUAG